UCAGGUUGUCAGACCAGAGACCAGUCAGCGACUCUUCAGCUCCAACGAGCAGGACCACCUCUCGUCAGUGUCUCUGACAACGCUAUAGAAAUAAAUAUGUCCAAGUUGGAGCAAAUCCUUGUUCUCGAUCCCCCCUGUGACCUCAGAUUUAAAGGUCCCUUCACUGAAGUCGUCACCACCAACCUGAAGCUGAAGAACCCGUCUGAUAGAAGAGUAUGUUUCAAAGUGAAGACCACAGCUCCCAAGAGAUACUGUGUACGGCCCAACAGUGGCAUCAUCGAUGUAGGUGCUACUGUCACCAUCUCUGUAAUGCUCCAGCCCUUCGACUACGACCCCAACGAGAAGAGCAAACACAAAUUCAUGGUCCAGAGUAUCUUUGCUCCUCCUAAUGUGGCUGAGAUGGAUGCAAUGUGGAAAGAUGUGAAACCUCAUGACCUCAUGGAUUCCAAGCUGAGAUGUGUAUUCGACCUGCCUUCUGAAAACAAUGAAGUGAUCGACGUGGAGUUGAGCAGCAACGAGACGGCUCCCGUGCUGAACUCUUCCAAGGCUUCUCCCGUGCUGAACUCUUCCAAGGCUUCUCCCGUGCUGAACUCUUCCAAGGCUUCUCCCGUGCUGACAGCGGCGAAGACCGCCAGCGUCUCGACCAACGGCUCUGAGAUGAGGAAACUAACAGAGGAAUGCAGGAGACUUCAGGCUGAGCUGGACAAGCUGACCGGCGAAAACCGUCAACUCAAGGACGACGGUGUUAGAAUGAGAAGGGCUGCCCAGCGUUCUGACCACAUGACAUCAAACCAGACGGGCUCCUCCUCCUCCAUGAUGCAACAGACGACCGCCGCCUCCCUCCCCGCUCUCCUCGUUGUCAUAGCAGCCGUCUUCAUCGGAUUCUUCAUCGGGAAGUUCAUCUUGUAAACUGGAGCUGGCUCUGAAAUGACACCUUAUUUUCUAUUUUGUGCACAAUUUUUUUUUGUUGAGCAGAACCGAUAGGGAGUCCCAUAGGGGCCUCUGGUUCAAAGUAGGGCACUACAUAGGGAAUAGGGUGCCAUUUCGGACAGCGCGCCCUGGGAGACGCAAGACGCCUGCCGUAUCUAAUGACAACCCCUCAGCUCCUGAAUCAAAAGGCCGAAAGGGUGGAACUGACUAACCAAGAAGGAAAGACUGUGUUGCCGUAUCAGAAGCGCUGUCUGCAGCGGCCAUGUUGUCUGUCUGUACAGCCCCCACUGCCUUUCUACAAGCCUUUACACAUGGUUAGUGUACACACAGAGGAGAGAGGAAAGGAAGGAAGAUAACGAAAAAGAUGGUUCCGUUUUAGUUUGUUUCUGCUUUGUUUUCGAUGGAUGGACAGACAGCCUAAGUGCAGGUAUGAGAUGUACCGAAUAGCACCUUAUUCCCUGUAUAGUACACUACUUCUAAUGGUCCUGGUCGACAGUAGUGCACUACACAAGGAAUAGGGUGCCUUUUGGGGACACACAGGUAGUGGUACACUAUCAAUCAACACAGAGGACAGUUUAUGACGUGCCUAGGCCCUGUUAGAGUACUUUAACGCACCGUUCCUACCUUACGAGGUAAGCAUAGCUCCAUUAGUGGUUAGAUCGGUGAAAAGACCCCUAUUUCUUUACCCAAUUCAGAUCUGUGAUUCCUUCAAGGAAGAUGGGUAGGAAGGAACUUAUGCAUGAUGGGUAGGAAGGAACUUAUGCAUGAUGGGUAGGAAGGAACUUAUGCAUGAUGGGUAGGAAGGAACUUAUGCAUGAUGGGUAGGAAGGAACUUAUGCAUGAUGGGUAGGAAGGAACUUAUGCAUGAUGGGUAGGAAGGAACUUAUGCAUGAUGGGUAGGAAGGAACUUAUGCAUGAUGGGUAGGAAGGAACUAUGCAUGAUGGGUAGGAAGGAACUUAUGCAUGAUGGGUAGGAAGGGAACUAUGCAUUUCUUAAGUAUUGGAACACGGUCCUAGUCACCAUGGGGGCAUGAAGCAGUUGAAUAAACCAAUCGUCUUCUCUCGCUCUCUCCUUCUUUUUUUAAUUAUUAAAAAAAAUAGUACUUGAAUGAAAUGGUAAGUGAAAAACGUUAUUUUAAUCCUUUUUUUAAGCUAAAAAGGAGAGAACUACUUCUUCCGUUGUCCAAACACAGACCACCUCGCUACUUAAUGCAGGAUCGCCUCUGAUUUAGUCCGUACAAAAUGGUACUCCUAUUUCCUGUAUAAUGUCCUGCUUUUCACCAGCAGGGUGUUCUGGUAUAAAGUAGUGCACUAUAUGGCUGGAUGGAUAUACAGACGGAUAGAUGGGGUGUCAUCUGGGAUGGAGACGUCGACUACAUGAUUUGUUCAGUUUAGUAAUUUCUCUACCUUUUUCUCCGGGGAAUGUUUCUAGUCCAUCUGGGACAUAGGUCCUUCCCUACUUCCUGUCCAAUCCUACUUCCUGUCCAAUCCUACUUCCUGUCCAAUCCUAUCCCUACUUCCUGUCCAGUCCUAUCCCUACUUCCUGUCCAAUCCUAUCCCUACUUCCUGUCCAGUCCUAUCCCUACUUCCUGUCCAGUCCUAUCCCUACUUCCUGUCCAGUCCUAUCCCUACUUCCUGUCCAGUCCUAUCCCUACUUCCUGUCCAAUCCUAUCCCUACUUCCUGUCCAAUCCUAUCCCUACUUCCUGUCCAGUCCUAUCCCUACUUCCUGUCCAGUCCUAUCCCUACUUCCUGUCCAAUCCUAUCCCUACUUCCUGUCCAGUCCUAUCCCUACUUCCUGUCCAAUCCUAUCCCUACUUCCUGUCCAGUCCUAUCCCUACUUCCUGUCCAGUCCUAUCCCUACUUCCUGUCCAGUCCUAUCCCUGACGAUACGAAUGCAGACUUUAUUAUUAUUAUUAUUAUUGUUUUUCUCUCGUCAUAUUACACCCCUCCUUACCUUCUGAGGCAAAUGUUCUUAACCCUGUCCCUCCCACGGUAUUAAGCAUUGAAGAAAUAAAACUGAAAACAAUG